CCUGUCGCACCUGACUGCCCCCUAGACUAAGUAACAUAAGCGACACGAUAUGUCUUCAUCGACAACGAUCACUCUGACAGCUGAGAAUCCCGGCGUCACCCAUGUCGACGACGUCCCGGCCAGUUCGGUAGACGUGACCAACCACUUCCUACAGCACAACCACGACAAAUGGCACAUCUUAUGGGAUUCACAACGUGCAGGUGGCCUCCACAACCACCAAGUCCAUUACCUCUUGACCGAUCUAGCACUGGGCGCUUCACCGGAGCAAAUCAAAGAGGCAUUCGAACGCAACAAGGACUAUCAGCGACCCAUUGAAGCCGGCGAUGAAUGUCGGCAGCACACCAUCACUCAGGACAACUUCACAGACUCGCUAGGUCACCACCAGUACUAUGCUGCAUGGCUGCAAUUCUUCCAGGACGAAAUCACUCAGAAGGGCUGGCAAGACGUUCUGGGCGAAUACCUGUUCGCCGAAACACCACGCGCAGAUGAUCUUCUUGGGAGGAUGUUCGAAGGAGCAAUCCACCCUAUCAUCCAUCUAGGCUUCGGCGUCGAGUUCUCUCAACCCGCCAUCGUAGCCGAAGCACUCGCCCAAGCAGCCAUCCACCGCCACGAAGCAUGCUCUUUCCUUCUUCGCACUGAACUGCUGGCCAAAGGCAAGCCAUCAUGGACAGACGGCCAGCGUCUAAUGGACCUCUUCCACACCGCUCGCUCUACUCCCGCGAUCAAAGAUGCCGAAUGCUUCGCACCAGGCAGUUUCGAGCGCGACGGCAACUUCUUCGCCAUAGCACCACAAGCCCUAUUCGACCUCGCCUCCCAAUACAACCUCGAUCGGAGCUCAUCAGAGGAAACGCUGAAGCUUCGUCUCGCCGAGAUGAUCAACGUGAUCGCCUGGAUGGCCUCGGCUUGCCAGAACCCGAAGAAAGCUGUCAAGUUCGAUUUCUUCCUCAUGCACGCCGUGAACUGCAGCAUCUUUCUGUCUGUCUUUGGGGAGUUACCAUGGCUCAAUAUCCGGUCCAAAAUCCGUCUUCUCGAGUCCAAAGUCCGCAUGGACAUCGUCAUGUAUGUGACUCAAGGAUGUCCGAAGCUUUUGACGGAAGAGAUCACGAACUACGCUCCACGCCGAGGGAGCGAGGGUAUGAAUUGGCCGGACGUUAUCGACCGUGCAAAGAAGAUCCCCUGCGAUGGACAUGUCCUCAAGAUGAUCCGCGCGUUGCGCCAUGGGCGUACUGUCUGCGCGCCGUAUGAGAGCAGUGAGACGACGGCGUCGAAAUUUCCCGUCAAGGGGGACGAGAUGUGGUUGAAGAUAGCGAACAUGGUGCUCGAUUCGACGGAGGAUCAUCCGAGCGUGCUGGAUAAGUGGAUGCGUGGACCGGGCUUUGAGAAGGCUUGGGAAGUGAUUCCUGAUCGGAAGUAAGAUAGAUAUG